ACGAGUUUGUUUUGAACUGUGAAGCAGUUGGUGGUUUGUGAGGUUUCUGACCGAGGUGAGGAACAGCCUGAUUGGAGCUACUUUGCACAGUACUUACUACUCCACCAUGUCAGCUGAGCUUGAGGUCACCACAUCAAAUCGAGGUGGUCAGAAAAUCUGCCUGGAUGGCUUUAUGUACACUAAGAAGCAUGUUGCAAAAUCAGUGGAUGAGAUAGUUUUUCGGUGUGUCAAGCGGGCUAGUCUGAAGUGCCCUGGUAUACUAAAGACAACCAAAAGUCUUGGUAACCCUGAAGUUGUGACCUCGCAUAACCAUCUUUCUGACACAGUUGGAUGCCAAGUGGAGCAAGCUCGACAGGGUAUGAAGAGGAAGGCUUCGAACACCAAUGAUCAGCCUAAUCAGAUUCUCGCCUUCACAGUCGCGGCACUGCCCGCGGAGGUCAAAGCACGCAUGCCUAGGUCUGAUUCUAGUAAGCGUGUCCUUCGUCGCAUCCGGGCUGCACACCGUCCCAAGGAUCCACAGUCUCUUCAAGAGUUGGAAAUCCCUGAUGACUGGACAUCCCACCUCCACUAUGACAAUGGACCAGAGGCAGAUGAGCGUAUUAUCAGCUUUACCACCCCCCAUCAUCUGGAACUGUUAGCACGCUGUGAUGAGUGGUGUAUGGAUGGCACAUUUUCGGUAGCUCCGAGACUCUUCACCCAGCUAUAUGUCAUCCAAGGUCGAGUCAACAGUGUUUAUCUACCUCUUGUGUACGUCUUGCUGCAACGCAAGACACAAAGUAGCUACGAACAAGUCUUCAGGGUCCUGGCGGAGAGUGGCUGUGAUCCCAUUUCAGUCAUCAUCGACUUUGAGAGGCCUGUGGAGCUGGCCCUUCAUGUGGUAUUCGGGGAGGAGGUCCAGGUGCGGUUCUGUUUCUAUCAUCUAACCCAGUCCAUCUGGAGGCAGAUCCAGCACCUGGGUCUCAAAAACCUAUACGAAUCCGAUGAGGAGUUCCGCCUCUUCUGUGGUCAGGUGGAUGCACUGGCCUUCCUGCCCCCAAAAGAUGUCAAGGAUGGCAUGUCAUACCUUCGAUCUACCAUGCCUGAGGAGGCUGCUCCACUCUUGGAAUACUUUGACUCCACCUAUAUUUCAGGCCAACUGCGUCAUCGUCGUAACAUCACUUCCAAGUCAGGACACCUACAGCCAAUCUCGAUUCAUCUACGUCGCACGCCACCUAUGUUCCCGCCUGAGAAGUGGAAUAUGCACCACCUGAUAGAGUGUCUGCAAGCUGACGCUGCCACUGUGGAUGAAAUUCUGCUGCAGCAAGAACGCGGCAUUCGCCCUGCUAAGAGGUUUAAGAAGAUAUACAAGGAAUUACACACCCGCAUCCAAAACCUGGUCAUCGAUUUGAAUUAA